CCUGCACGUACACGUGCGGACGAUGAGGAGCUCGGCCUUGCCUUCAGCAGUGCAGACCCGCAGCUGGGCCUGGCCCCGCCGCCGCAGCCUGGGGCUCGCCUAGCCCACCCAUGCCUGUGAUCCCCAUCCCUCGGCGGGUUCGCUCCUUCCAUGGCCCCCACACCACCUGCAUGCACUCGGCCUGCGGCCCGGCGCGCACCGCACAGCUGGUGCGCUCCAAGUACAACAACUUCGACCUGUACCUGAAGUCGCGCUUGAUGUACGGCUUCGUGCGCUUCCUGCUCUACUUCGGCUGCAGCUUGUUCACCUCCCUCCUGUGGGUGGCGCUGUCCGCCCUUUUCUGCCUGCAGUACGUGGGCGUGCGCGUCUUCCUGCGGCUGCAGUACAAGCUGUCCAUCAUCCUGCUGCUACUCGGACACCAGAGGCUGGACUUCAGCCUCCUCAACGACCUCCUCAUCUACUGCAUGCACGUCACCAUGUUCCUGGUGGGUGGCCUCGGCUGGUGUUUCAUGGUCUUCGUGGACAUGUAGGUCUGCCGGGGACACAGAAAUGGAUGAGCCUCUCAUGUAGGUCUGCCGGACACACAGAAAUGGACUAGCCUCUCAUGUAGGUCUGCCGGACACACAGAAAUGGAUUAGCCUCUCAUGUAGGUCUGCCGGACACACAGAAAUGGACUAGCCUCUCAUGUAGCUCUGCCAGACACACAGAAAUGGACGAGCCUCUCUUGUACUAAAAGGUACCUAAACUCGGCAGUCGGGGUCACGUGGUGUGGAGGUGGUUGGGGAAGCACUCUGAUCUCACACGGUGUCCUAAAGGGAAACUCCAACAAGGGCGGGAAAAAAGGGAAUGGAGAUACAGUGGCCCAAAAAAGAGUUUAGACAGGUAGACAGGUAGACAGGUAGGCAGGUAGGCAGGUAGACAGGUAGGCAGGUGGGCUGUUUCAUCAAAAAGCUGAUUACAUUUCCCAAGGGUGCUUAGAUAUCCUGGUAUUGUAUCCAUUGAAAAACGUUCUACUAAAGAAAAUAAAACAGGUUGUCAUUUGUGAAAGAAUGGCGAUACCCUUUAACUCACAAACUAUCAAAACAGGAUCAGUGUGUCUGGUAACCGCAGGAGGAAUGCGGUUGAAACAUUUCAUUAGCUUAGAAAAGAAGAACCCUAGAAUAAAGUUCACAAGAGAACAUGCAAAGAAAGAGUGCAGUUUUCGACACAUGAGCCCAGGAUAGAGAUCUGGCGUGUUCAAAGAAUAUUUUAAAAUCUUAGAAUGACCAUGGGCUACCAUGACAACCUCACAGACGCUCUGAUGAACUGAAAACGUUUCUGUCUGAAAUAUGGCGGACACGCCACACCGCUAACAGCGAAACGCGUGGAGUCCUGUCCUAGGUGUUGCCAAGCCGUUCUGAAAGCUGAAGUAAAUACUAAGAUGUUGUAACUGUGACCUUCGCUGAAGCCUUUCUCCGGGGUCCAAAUACUUUUUGUCUUAAUUUUAAACUAUGUCCUAUUGUUUAUGUCCUAGCAAGCUCCUGUAUUAUGGGGACCAUUGGAAUGAGAAGUGUGCUUGUGCUGUCUUUCCUUUUUAAAAUUCCACUUAUUUUGACCGUUUUUUUUUUUUUUUAACAGUAAUAAAAUUUAUUUUUAUGUGCUUCAAGUGUCUAAAUGCUUUCUGGGGCCAUUGCAUGUGUAUACACAGAUGAAAGUGUACUUGAAGUCUCUGUAACUAAACUUGUUCAGCUUUUCUUGUUUUAUUUAUUUUGUUCUUUUUUUAACAUUCAGUAAUGUUGAUGGUUUAUAUAAGGUGCAAUGGAACAAUGUGUGUGUUUUGUGUGCAGUUUCUGAGUGUCCAGUAAUGCGCUGCUUAGGCUAUUUGUUGCCAAUAUGUCCCUCAUCAGUGCAUUGCACUGUCCACUGGCUGUUUCCUGAAAGGUUGGCAUUGUGGCCUCUUGUGGUUGGCCGUGCUACAGUAGCUAAGAGUCACAUGGUCAUUAAAGGCCUCAUUCUAAAACAGAUUGUUACCCUCUUCAGGCUUCUGAGGCCAGUAGCACCAUGCCCAAUGCCCCCCACACACACACACACACACACACACACCCCAGCGUCUGUACUACCAAGCAGAGUGGUGUGAUGCCCAUGGCAUUACGCGCCCAACAUUGGCAAGAGCCCGCUGGGGGGAGUCACAAGCGUUCUUUGUUCUGGGAUCAAGACAUCAUAUGCCUCAUACUUGGCAAAUCAGACAUUUUAGUGUGACCCUUUGUGCCGUGACAUUGGGAAGCAGGGGGCAUCACACGCAUGGAGGCACAAUCUGCCUGUGCCGCUGCGAGGAGGAAGUGGUGCCCCUGGAGCUGCCAAACGGCGUUAGCGCGAACACAUCACUCACGUCAAACACGGAGCACACAUGUCCAGCUGAGAACUCGCCAACAACUCGCAGAGGUUCACACACACACAAGGUCGGAGUGUACCAGUGCAGGGCACUCUUUUGGGAAGUUUUAAUUCUUCAGAUCUCAAAAGGCCUCUCAGGAAGAAUUAUCGAUGAUUAUUAAACAUUAAAUAAAAAACUAACUUUUGUUGA